AUGAACUACCUGCGCGGCGCCGUGAGCGCCAUCAGCGCGCCGUAUCAGUACUACAAGGAGCUGCCCCCGCUCAACCCCGCAACCCUCACCGGCGCGAUCGACGUCAUCGUCGUCCGCAACCCGACCGACGACGGCGGCCAUGAGCUCCGAUGUUCGCCGUUCCACGUCCGCUUUGGAAAAUGGCAGGUUCUCCGUCCCGGGGACAAGAAGGUGAAUGUCUCCGUGAACGGUCGACCCGUGCCGUACAACAUGAAGAUCGGAGAGGCAGGCGAGGCCUUCUUCGUCUUCGAGACCGACGCCGAGGUGCCCCAGGACCUCAUCACGAGCCCCAUUCUCGAGGCUACCCAGCCCGGCCAAUCCAACGCCCAAGUAUCCCGCCAGGAAGUCCAAGCCGGCCGCUUCGGCGCUCCCGUCUCGCCCUCCGAAGACGAUUCUACCGUGCCCGACUUCGACCUCGACGCCUCCGCUCGACCGUCCGCCUCUGCUACCCCGGAAGCGGAGCACGAGAAGCAGAGUGCGACCGAGAACGUGCUCAAGGCUCUCAACCCAACGUCGCUCAUGGCCGACACCGUUACCCUCGGCAAAGCCGUCGCCCACGCCGCGGUGGAGACGAACAAGGAAGAGAAGGAUCGUCUGAAGGACAGGAUGGAAGCCGCACGAAACGUUCACCAGCACCUUCGGGAAGACGGUCUCGAGGCCUUGUAUGGGAAGCAUUCCGCCGACAAGGGAGACGAGGCGUUACCGGAUGCGCAUCCGGAAGCAGUGCAACCAUCGGAGAUCGUGGACGCCGGAGAUGUUGUGAUCGACCGGGCCGGGUAUCAUGCACCCCGCAGAGAGUCUACCGAAUCUACCAUCACCGAACAUGACUACGCCUCCUCCAAUCCAAGCCCCGAGGCAGGCCCUAGCUCGACCGCACCCCAAACGCCGGAAACCGAACCCGAUUCCGUCCCCUUGCCCUUCAUCCGCGCCACUUCCGAACCCCCUCUCGACACCGACGAGUCCCAACCCCACUCUCAGCCUCCCCACCGCCCCCAUCAUGCAACCGCCGCCUCCAUGUCCAACUUCAUCUCUUCGCCUACACGCCGCAGCCCGACCCGCGUCAAGACGUCUUCCAACAUGACCUUGCGCCCGCCAGGCGCCGGCGAGGACGACGAAUACCUGUGGGAGUGGGGGGCGUUCCCGCAGCGCUCGCCUGCAAAAGAGGUCUUCCCGUCCAUCGGCAGCGGCCGUGGUAUCGAGGCCGUCAUGCGCAGCGACGUGAACGGCAAUGUCAACAGCGACUCGGACAACGAGCGAAGCAGGCCGAAACGGAGCCGGAGCGUACCCCGCGAGCCGGAAUUCGAGGGUGUUGAGCAGCGGGGUCGUGUCACGACGCCGCCGGAGGUGGCAUUCGGGGCGGGCGGGCGGCUGCUGCCCGAGCGGAACGACACGACGCGCUUUCGACUCGCGAUCGAGGGGCGGCGAGUGUGGUUCGAGCUCAGCGUGAUCCCCGCGAUCGCCAGCUAUGCCGGGACCAAGGGGAAGAGGAACGCGGGAAAGAGCGCUGACCAGGCGGAGACCGGGCAUGUGCUCGGCGAGUGGGGCGAGGUUGACGCGGCGGUGGAGUUCGAAAAGGGUAAGGUGAACUGGAGACGAUUCUUGGACGACGAUGGUGUGUUGCAAGACGACGGACUCGUAAUCCGGUGGGCGGAGGACAAGUAUAUCACCCGCCAGGACGGCUCUCCGCUCAUGGAGGCUCUCGCACUCUGGCGCGACGCGGCGCGCAAAGAAGAGUCCGCUACGCGCUCGCGCUCGCUCGCCCCGCUUCCUGAAGAAGAUCGCGCGACCGCGGAGUUCGACGAACCGCUCUCCUCCGGCGAGGAUCCGUUGUCUUCGGGCGACGAGCGGGAGCGAUCGAACACGCCGCAGGCGGCGUCACCCAAGGCGUCGCGGAGGACGUCAGCGUGGAUGACGCGGUGGUGGAGCCGGAGCCAGACGACGGAUCCUGCCGCGACAAGUGGCGAGAGACGACCGGAACUCAAGCAUGCGGGGACUACUCCCCUAGAGACGGAAGUCAGAGCAACGCAAUCUGAGCAAGUUCCGGUUCCUGCAGCCUCGCCUGCUCCGUCGGUCGCUUCUGCUCCGCCGAUGCACGACGGCCGAUCACUGACGGCGCCAGCUCGAGUGCCUUCACCUUCACCUCCUUCCGCGGAAGAAACGAAAUUCGUGAAGACGCUCCGGUUGUCCUCCGACCAGCUGAAAGCGCUCAACCUAAGAGCUGGGCCUAACAGCAUCACGUUUUCCCUAUCCGCCUCUGGUGCUGUCGCUUGCACUGCGCGGAUCUUCCUCUGGGAGUCGACGGACUUGAUUGUGAUAUCUGACAUUGACGGGACGAUCACCAAGUCAGACGCGCUCGGGCACGUAUUCACCAUGAUCGGCCGUGACUGGACCCAUACGGGCGUCGCCAAGCUGUACACGGACAUCACUCGGAAUGGCUACAAGAUCAUGUAUCUCACCUCUCGCGCCAUAGGACAGGCCGAUUCGACCCGAGAUUAUCUCAAGGGCGUCAAGCAGAACGACUAUCAGCUUCCAGAAGGCCCCGUUAUUAUGAGCCCGGACCGGUUAAUCGCGUCGUUGCAUCGGGAGGUGAUCAUGCGCAAGCCGGAGGUGUUCAAGAUGGCCUGUCUACGCGACAUACAGCGCCUGUUCGGUGAAACGAAUCGGAACCCGUUCUACGCUGGCUUCGGCAACCGAAUUACGGACGCCUUGUCGUACCGCUCGGUCAACGUUCCGAGCUCUCGCAUCUUCACCAUCGACUCGAGCGGCGAAGUCAAGAUGGAGCUCCUCGAGCUCGCUGGUUACAAGUCAUCCUACAUCCACAUGACGGACCUCGUGGAUCAGAUGUUCCCGCCGGUGCAGCGCAAAUGGCAAGCCGAGUUCACGGACUUCAACUACUGGAAACCCCCGAUCCCGGACAUCCCUCUGCCCGACCUGUCGCCGCCGUCGCCAGCGUUGAGCGCACGCUCGGACACCUCCAACCAGAGUACGUUGGCCAGACUACGUAACCUCAGUCUCAUGGGUGGGCGGCCGAAAUCGUUCCAGCUUCCACCGCCGGCGACCGAAGCGGGCGACGCGGAGGAGCGCGCGCUGUCGCAGCGUCAUCGCCACAAGGACGCCCAGCUGCGGCAAAUGUCCUCCUUCGAGCGCCUGAGCCAGACGCUCGGCCUCUCCUCCGCCUCGACAGUCGGCGACAGCAGGCGGAGCGAGAGCCCCGUGUCCUCGUCCACGUUCCUCGAAUCCGGCUCCGAGGAUGAGGACGGCGAGUACGACUCGGGCGAGGACUGGGCACGCAAGCGGCGCAAGAGGGAGCGGCGGACGAGUAUGGAGAGCAUGCCUGGAUCGCUCCCGGGCUCCGAGGCCGACUACCAGUUCGGGCUGCACGAGGAGGAGGAAGGCAACCUCGAAGAGGGUGAGGCGGAUGUUGGGUACGGGUAUGAGGGAGGAUCUGACGAGGAGGAUCCUGCGGAGGCGGAUUUCGAUGAGGAUCUGCUUGCUGCUGGCGAGAUGCAGAAUGUACCCUUCCUAUAGGUUGAGGAUAUUAUGCUAUUGCCCCUUGGACGC